AUGGGUGACACAUGUCACGUAAAUUCCCACCCAAAGAGUAAUGCGUCGUUUGGUAUCCUCUGGAUAACAUUUUCAGAGUCAGGUUUAUAUAAGGUCCCUUUAAACAAGUUAAGGAUUAAGGUACCUAAAGCCAAGUAUUUGUGUCUUAGGUCAAAAGGGCUAUACGACU